AUGACAGGCGCGUUCGUGGCAGAAAAGCAGGUGCUUCCCUGGAUUCUCUGUUUGGUUUUGAUCACAGUAGCUGGAGAAGAGGUUCCCUGCCCAGAAGGAGGUUGGAUCCACUUGUCCAGCAUGCGUUGCUACUGGAUGUCUGAGGCGACGUCUUCGUGGCCUGAGGCUCAGCAUUCAUGCAGAGAGAGUCCAGGAGGUGAUCUGGCAUCUGCUGACAGUGCAGAGCUGCAAACGUUCCUCCACUCCUCCUUUCCUGUGAAAACCACUGUGUGGGUAUGGCUGAAGGGACUGAGGGGAGAAGGGUCGGAGCAGGCUGGGGUUGUGGAGCCGGUGAGUCCUGCAAGGUGGGCUGGAGGCAGUGAGGGGGGGUGCACUCAGAUGGCCUUGGGUGCACUGGGACAGUGGAGAAGAGCUCAGUGUGCUGGACGAUACCUCUACCUCUGUGAAAAAGGUCUAACUGAGGCUUUACCACCUAUGGACAGUUACCUGACGGGAUUGGUUCACAUGAGCGGCAUCUACACGCAAACCCAGAUACAACCUCUUCUCAGCAUCCCAGACAUUGGACAACAGAUGGUGGAGAUGCAGCUGUUCCCAGGCUUGUGGUUCAGUCAUGCAGGUCAGUUGGUAAAAGUUAAGCUAGUGGUUCAGCCAAGCCCACUGUCCUCGCUGGCCCGUGUUCAAAUCCUCCGACCCUACUGCGACCCCAACCACCACCUGGUACCUCCAGGUUGCAGCUCUCUCCUUAAUCCGUUUAGCUGCUGCUCACCAGUCCCACUGUGUAACACUACAGGGGGCUGCAGCGUGGGUCAGUACUGGUGCCACCUGCUGGAGGCCUGCGUGCCCAACACCAGUCCCUGCAGCCCCUACGAUUCUGCAGCAAGUGGCCGUGGCUUUGCUUUACCUCCCAGAUACCCCGCAAUACCACCUUUCUACCACCUGGUGGCAGACCUGUCUCUGAGAAUACGCCCCAGUUCUGAACUACAAACUAUGAGCGUGCUUCUUCCAGAUGCAGCCAUCAUGGUGUACCCUGAUGAUAUAAUAGCAAUACAACACACUCAGGACUCUGGAACCUUCCUACAUUGCCGCAGCAGUGAAGCCUCUCGAAACUCCUCCUGGCGCCAGAGUUACCUGUCCCUUAGAGGGGCCGAAUGGGGAGGUUGGUGGCAGGGAGGCCUGACUUCACCGUCCCAAGGAGGCCACUGGGUGGACGGGGUGGUGUGUGAUCUGAGCAUACUGUACAUAGACACCUUCCACAGAGGUACUGAGCUCGACGGUAUCUUUGGUUCCACCCACACAGAGACAAACACACCUCCUGAUGUCAGUCCCCUAACUACAGCUCCUCCUCCACAUCCCAGAUCUAAGUUUAGGCUUAAUGUCAUCCACCCCCUGCCGGACAAAAAGAACCAAAUUCAUGUCCAAAUCAACACCCCGACACUCAUUGUAGUAAAGGUCCUGACCUCACAGAGAGCAAGGAGCUCAUGGUCAGCCCCAGUGCUGCAAACUGGGGUCCCCUUGCUCUCAUCGUGUCCCGAAGAGGUGGCUCCGUCUCCGCCUGGCUGUAGGAGACAGUCCCCUGAUGAAUGGUUCUCCUCCGUGACUCUCUUACUUCCCUCAGUGGGGGUUCAGGUGUUGAAUAUCAGUGUGGUGGAUGCAGUUAGUGCUCAGAGUGAGCACAGUGUGAGUGUGAAGGUCUGUGGCUACGAGGCAGUGACAGGGCUCAGUGUGGAGCCUUACGGACGUCUCAGGAUGCUAACAGACACAUCACAGUCGUUUACAGCCGAAGUGGAGAGUGGUUCCUCAGUCAAAUUCACAUGGGUUAUUGACAACCUGGAGCAGUUUGCCUUUGAAGGGGAAUCUUACAGUGUAGCGUUCAAGAGACCUGCUGAGUAUAAACUCAAGAGCCUGGAAAUCUUCUUGGUUGCUGAUGAACUGACUCCACUGGCUGAGCCAGAGUUCCUGUUUGUCAGGGAGGUCGUAGCUGUGAAUGCGACCCACCUCUACACCCUCAGAGUCAAAGUGGACAUCUCCCUGCCAGUCACCUUCAGGUGGGAUUUUGGAGACGGCAUUGGAAAGGUGAGCCACACCCAGGCUGCUCCAUAUCAGACCAUGGAUGGCCUUGUGGAGAGUGGAGAGAAGCAAAUGUUUGUCCAGGACUCGGUGAACUAUACAUAUUCUUAUUCAGGUGACUUUACACUUCAUGUCCAAGUCUCCAACAAAUUUGACGACAUUGGCGCAUCAAUGAAGAUUAUCGUCCGCCCUGAGUUAGGUCACGUCCACAUUUCCUCUUCCCCUGUAGUGCCCACUGUCAAUCAUACACUUCUUCUAGAAGCUGCCGCAGAGCCCUCCACCUUUGGUGUCUUCUAUAAAUGGGACUUCGGCGAUGGCUCCAAAGGUGUCCAAGGCAUCCACCAUAAAGUGCGUCACACUUUUGGAUCUGCUGGACUUUUUAACGUCACAGUGUGUGCCAACAACACUUUGGCUACCCUGACCACUCGGCUCAUCUUGGAAGUUAUGGAGGAGAUUUCUGGAUUAAACAUUAGCUACAGCGAACCUAGUGAAGUAAACUCUGCAACAGAUUUCAGAGCUAAAGUGGCCACUGGUACAAGUCUCAUCUGGGAUUUUGACUUCGGUGAUGGGUCCCUACUGGGCAACCUUACAGAUGGUUCCAUCUCACACAUCUAUAAGUCUCCAGGGGAUUAUACAGUGGUUGUAACUGUCUCUAAUUCUGUCAGCAAAGCUCAGCAGUCCAUCAGGGUAGAGGUCUAUAGUCUGGCUGUUAGUGGAGUUCUCCCUAUAGGAUGUAUCAUAAAUGGAACAGAGGCACAGCUCACUGCUCUGGUCACUGGGAAAAUAUCCUUUCUGAUUUUCCAUUGGCAAUUUGGCGAUGAAUCCCCUGUGACUGUAGUGACAGGUCAGUCCACAGCCAUGCAUUCAUUCCCAAGGCCCGGCAUCUUUCAUGUUAGCCUGACAGUGUUUAGUUUGGUUUCAUCUGUAUCAUUUAAUACAAGUGUUUGUGUUGAAGCGCCAAUAACCAACGUGACAGUGGAGUCAUCACAGGAUGCUGUAGCAGUAGGAGAAGAGGUGUGCUUCAGGGUGUUAGUUUCCCCCGAUCAGGGGACAGGUUACCACUUCAAGUGGUCUAGCCACUCCUUUAUACCCACCGCCAAGAUGGAAAACUAUCAGAAGUGUUUUGUCUUUAAAGAUGAAGGUGUCGAGGAGGUAUCAGUAAUGGCAAGUAAUAACAUCAGUAAACAAACAGCCAAAGUUAGCAUCACCGUUCAAAAACCUGUGAGUAAACUGUCUGUGGGACGUGAUAGUCAAACUGAUGCACUGACAGUCAAUUCUUUAGUGUCUUUUUGGGUUGCUAAUUGCAGUGGAAGCAAUGUGUCAGUGCUGUGGGACUUCGGAGAUGGUUCUCUGAUGGAGCCGAACCACAACGUGUCACAUGUCUUUACCUCGACAGGUCAGUUCGCAGUUACUGCCACAGCAUCUAACCUGGUGAGCAGAGAGUCUGCAUCCAUCAAAGUCAAUGUUUUACUCCCUGUUGCAGACGUGUCCCUUCACAGCAACCAGCCCUAUGCUGCAGUAGGAGAGGAGACUCUGAUCACUGCAGUUAGCAGUGCAAUCAGUGGCACCAGUUACUACUGGACUGUUGAUGGUUUAACUUCAACCAAACAGGGGACCUAUCAAUUUAGAUUUGCUUUCCCCAAACCAGGAGUGUAUCAAGUGAGGGUUGUAGCCCAGAACUUGGUGAGUAGAAGGGAGGCAGCUAUUUUCAUUGAGGUCUUUGAAAGAAUAGAGGGUCUUCACAUUGAAUGUCCCAGUCUGACCAUUAUGAAAUAUGCACCAACGCAAGAGGAACUGCUAUUUAUUGCUUCAGUCACCAAAGGCUCCAAUGUCACAUAUCACUGGCGUGCUGCACAGAGUGGAAUAAACCAAGAAAUCACUGGUGAUGGCAGGCUUUUCAAUCUGUUGGCUGAAACGCCUGGUGGGUUAUCAGUUCAUGUAAGAGCCUCGAACACGUUGGGUGAGGCCACAACCGCUGUUUCUCUAGUAGCAGUAGAGCGUGUGACAAGCGCACAUGUUACAACUCAUUCCAACAUUGUGGCAUUAGGGAAAUUAGUUAAUGUAUCUGUGUCUGUUGUUACCGGGUCAGACCUAGAGUACCUUUGGUAUACGAACUUUGAUCCAUCACCCCUGCGGACACGUGAACCCUUUCUUCUCCACAAUUGUACAAGUUUGGGUGAUUGUCUUAUCACGGUGGUUGUUCAGAAUGUACUCAGCCAAUGUAAUGAUACCAAACAGCUCAUAGUCCAGGAGGAUGUCCACGAGGUGGACUUUGAAAUUGAAGGUAAGACACGUCCAUUUUAUAUCAAUACAAGUGCUGCUGUUUCCCUCCGUGGGCUUGUUCGUAAGGGCAGUGACCUGCACUGGGACUGGGAAGUUAGAUGUUCUGAAACCAACAUUUUUAAUGCUACUAAUCAAACCUUCAUCUACACUUUUACACAUCCCGAUAUGUACCAGGUGUCUUUGAAUGUCUCCAAUGGGAUAAAUUGGCAGAUGGUUUCACACAGGGUCACUGUCCAGGAUGGAAUCAAAGAUCUGCUUUUGAAUAUAAGCAAAUCUUCCCUUUGCAGUGAAGAAGAAGUUACUUUUAUUCCAACAAUUUCCAAAGGAAGCAAUGUGAGCUUUGUUAUAACCCUUAAAAACAAAGACUGGAUUCUUAGCCAGGCCAUUCUCGAAGGGCAAAACUUCUCUAUAAGCCUUCCAGCUGGGAGAUAUCUUGUGACAGUGGAAGCUUGGAACCUGGUCAGUAGCACAGAGGUGUCUUCCAGCAUUCUGGUCACUGAGCACAUUCAAGGUUUGCGACUUGUAAACAGUCGUUCUGCUGCACUCGAAGCUCUGAAAGGAAUCCAUUUCAAGGCAGAGGUGCAAAGUGGGUUUCCAGUUAAUUACACCUGGAUGUUUCACUUGGUGGGGUCGACGCCUACAUGGCUGAUUGGCCAAGAGGUAAUCUUUACUCCACCAGAGAGCGGUUCACUGUCUGUCAGUGUAGUAGCCAACAACGGUGUCUGCUCCCAGAUGCUAAAUGAGACUGCUUCGGUGGAGUGGCCGGUUAAGGAGAUAAAGCUUGUUUGUCUUUCAGAGAGAACAUUUGUUGGACACACUGUCAUGUUUUCUGCAACAGUGCGUGGAGGGAGCAACCUCAGAUACCUCUGGGACUUUGGAGAUUCCACUAAAGCAUUGGUGACGGACUUGAGAACAGUUAAUCAUACUUAUUAUAUUGCUGGAGAAUACAGUGUUGUGGCCAAAGUUGUCAACAGUGUUAGCCACGUGUCCACACAGCUUCACAUGGAGGUGGAGGAGCUCCAGUGUUCCAGCCCUCAAGCUUCUCUAGUCCAGAGCCAAGCUACUAUCUACAGAUCAAGACCAAGUUUCUUUGAAGCCAGCGUGGACAUUAACUGCUCUGUUUACAAGACCAUAUACCAAUGGGAGAUAUUCAGAGGGUCCAAUUUUACCACUUUACCUGGGAACAAAGUCUUUCUUCGAAGGCAAGUGGAUGCAGCUUCUCCUUUACUAUUACUCCCGAGGCACACUCUUGAUGUGGGACAGUAUUGCCUAGUGUUCACCGUUACGCUCCAGGAAACUCCUGUAUAUGUCCAACGGACCGCUAUCAUCACAGUGGUCCAUUCCCCGCUGGUAGCUGUCAUCAAGGGGGGCUCGCACAAACUGUGGCCAAGCCUCAGUGACCUCACCCUGGACGGAUCUGAGUCUUACGACCCUGAUGCGGAGCCCGGAGUGGAGGACACGCUAGAAUAUCACUGGACCUUCAUGAGAGCGGUAACUGUGUGUGAAGCCCCUGUGCUUCGUGUGACUGUGGAAUGUGUGUCCUGUUCUGGCCACUCCUCCUCUCAACACAUCAGUUACAACAGUGCCAUCAUCCUUGCAGGACGAUGCGAACAAUGUGAUGACCAGACUCAGUACAAAUGGAGCGCUGAAGUCCAGACUGGCAUGACACUUGACCUUGAUGACGUCGCUCCCUCCACAGGGACACAUUCUCCUAACUUGGUGGUGCGUUCAGGCGUCCUCCAGCCAGGGCUGAGUUACACCUUCACUCUCAAUGUCUCCCAGCCUGGUGGAGGUCAGUGGGGCAGCGCCAGUCAGACCAUACAACCUAACAAUCCACCACACGGAGGCGUCUGUGAUCUGAGGCCAGAGUCUGACAUACGUCUGCUGGAGACAGUGGUCACCUACAACUGCUCAGGCUGGCGAGAUGAUGACAGUGAGGCCUCUCAGUUGAUCUACACCUUCCAGGUGGCCCCAUGUCAGCCCAUCAGCACGGUGUGCCCCACACUUACUCUGUACAGGGGAACUCGUUCAACAUUUGGCAGCCUGGUUCCAAUGGGACGUUCAGGGCAAGAAAAAAAACAGUCACUCAUCACAGUCACUGUGUUGGUGGAGGACCAUCUCGGCUCAAACGUCAUUGCUCUGAACAGGACGCUGACCACUGAAAAUCCAGCAAUGGACGAAAUCACCAGUGAGUGGCUCAGAAACAAGAGCCAGACUGAGUUCUGGGCUCUGGUCCAACAUGGCAACCCUCAGGAGCUCAUUCCUUACUCCAUUGCCCUCAGCAGCCAGCUCAAUCAGAUAAAGUCUGAACGGACCCCCCAGGAGCUCAUGGACAGGAGGGAGAUCCGGGUAAAUGUGUCUCAAGCCCUGGCCUCUCUCCCCGUGUCCUCCAUUCUGGAUGUUGAUCAGAUCAGCUCAGCGUUGGCACAGGCAACUGCCGUCCCUGAUGAGUUGGUAUGUGAAGGCUGCCAGGAGAAGGUUCUGGAAGCUGUGGGGAGGAUGAUCCUUGUGAUGGAGGAACAGAUGAGUCCUGGUGUUUUAGCAGCUCUUGAAACAGGAAGAAACAUCCUUCAUGUCUUAGGUAGCACCUUGGCUGCAGUGUCUGAAUCAGCCAGUGCCUCCAGUUCUCACCCAGCCUACUCGAGCUCUCUGCAGUCAGCCUCCACUCUCGCCCUGUCAGCACUGGCCCACGCAGGAGCCCUCAUGCGCACUCUGAUGCGUUCACGUGUUCACGGCGAGGAUCCUCUUCUGCUCUCCACCCCUUACAUCAAUACAGUUGGUUUUCAAGGAGACCCCACGGACCUCCUCUGUACUCACCAGACAAACCAGUCCAACCAACACCAGGCCAUCUCCUCUCGGUCAUCAUCGGCUGAUGGGUCAAAGGUAUGUCCGUUUCAUAUCCCCACCUCCCUCACUGCUCACCUGAGGAGUCAGAGGUCAGAGGUGGUGCAGGUACUGUUCAGUACAGACGGAGCGCUGGAGUCCAACCCUAUGCUGAGUGCAACUGACCCUCCAAUUUCCACCUCUCUGGUUGCCAUGGAGCUCACCACUCCUCAGGGUCAGCCCAUACCCAUCAGGAAUCUGGCUCCUGAACAAGCCAUACAGGUCACGCUGCCCAACAAGUACCCUGUGGGACAGGGAGACAAGGGGGCAGAUGGGAAAGAAGGUGAAUGCAGGAAUGAGACAUGUCUCACUGUAACACUUCCCACUGAAGGACAGCUGAACUUCACAGUAAACGCUGUGGAUGGACUGGAUGAGAAUGCAGGUUUAUACAUCUCCUUCAACUUCAGUCUGCUUCCAGGAUCUACUUCUGUGAGCUCGGGAUAUGUCAAGAUAGAAGUGAGCUCCACGGUGCCAGGGACUAAUGCAUCUCUGGGUUCCCUUGAGAAAGAGUGGGCUCUCUCUCUCUCUGCCCCGACCAGCUCCUCAGAGGAAACCAUCUUUCUGUCUCCACUCUCUCUGUGCCAGUACUACAGCGUGGAGGAGAGGCGGUGGAGCAGUGAGGGUCUCCAGCCACUGGAGGGCAGCACACUCCAGGCAGCUCACUGUCUCACCCAGCAUCUCACCAUAUUUGGGGCCAGUUUGUUUGUCCAUCCUGGGGCCGUUGUUCUGCUGCCACCGUCAGGUGGUCCCGUGCGUAACUCAGUGGUGGGGAUUGUGUGUGCCGUCCUGGUUCUGACUCACCUGCUAGUGGGGCUCAUCGCCCAUAAACUGGACCACUUGGACAGUUUAAGACUGAGCCAGGUCCCUCUAUGUGGCCGUCCGGGACUCUACCACUACAGAGUUCUGGUCAAAACCGGCUGGAGGCGCGGAGCAGGCACCACAGCACAUGUUGGCAUCAGUCUGUACGGUGUGAACAAGAGCGGCUCUCGCCACCUGCAGAGGGAUGGAGCUUUUCAACCCGGAAGCCUGGACCAGUUUCACCUGGAGACAGACGACAACCUGGGAGAAGUUUGGAAAAUUCGCAUCUGGCACGACAACACAGGUCUGGAGCCCUCCUGGUACGUUCAGCAUGUGGUGGUGUGGGACCCUCAGACAGACCACAUGUUCUUCUUCGUGCUGGAGGACUGGCUCUCUGUGGAGAAUCAGAAGAAUGACACUGUGGAGAAGGAAGUUCUGGCCUCAUGUCCAGAGGAGCUCAGAGGGUUUCGACGGGUCCUCACCUCCCAGCUGAUGUUCGGGGUGAAAGAGCGCCACCUAUGGCUGUCACUGUGGGAACGUCCUGCUCACAGCCGUUUCACCAGGGGUCAAAGGGUUACCUGUGGCGCCCUCAUGCUGCACCUCUACUUGGCACUGGGGGCUCUGUGGUUUGGGGCUGUGGGCUCCAAGGGGAUCAGUGGGCCGGUGUCAGCCCAGCUACUGGUGAACAUGGAGACGGUUGCCAUGGGGAUGACUGUUGCAGCACUGGUGUUUCCUCUUCAGUGUUUCCUCUGUUUCCUGUUUAGGAAAGCUCAUAGUCAGGUAACUGUGGACAUCUCAGUCCCUCCUUCUCCCAUUUGUCACUCUGUGGAGAUGGACGUUUACUUUGGCCAAUCAAAGCUCUCCAGCUCGUCACUCUUGUCUCUGCCCGACUCCUCCAGCCCAACCCGAGGAAGUCCCUCAUCGUUACUGGAGAGCAAGAUGUUUGACUCCAGUAUCCUGGACUUCUGGGCUUCCUCUGGCUUGGCGCCCCAGACAGACAGAGAUGUGGUGGCAUGGCCGUCCUGUGACAGCCUCCUCAAUCUCCCAGUAGACUUAUGUCCCGCCAAGAUGACCCCAGCCCACGAACUCUGCAAGUCCUCACCCACUCUGGGCCCCACGCGCCAAUUGAGGAGGAAAAAGGCCCUGAUGCAGCUGUGCCUGGCCUCACCCUCCUCCCCAGACACACCCAUCACUCACUAUCCCCUUUCAAAAGAAACUUCAGAAUCUUAUCCCUCCCCUACUGCAGCAGAUCAGGAGCUGCUCACCAUGAACGCAAACCCAGUCCAAACUCACAACCACAAUCUGACAACAUUUCUAACUCUGUCCGAGGAGGAUCUGCUGAUGUCUAUAGCAGCAGCAGCAGCAGCAGCAGAGGACAGAACACACAAAACCAACAGCAACUCAGACAGCGGCCGGGAUUCACCCAGAACCACCUCCUCAUUUACAGCCACACAGAGCACCUCCUGCAGCAGCUGGUCGGAUCAGAGUGAGGAUAAGUCCCUGUGUGGGGCAGAGAUCCUCAUGCCAGACUCCCAGUCCUCCUCCCAGUGUGAGGCAGGGCUCUACAAGUGUCCCUCUGUGCUGUCUGUUGACUCAGUGGCCAGCACCUUCCUGCCGAGCCCUUCUCCUGACUCCACUCGCUCCUCCUCCACCACACGCAUAGGUGUUUCUCGAGGUCAGCCCCGCUGGCUGCUCCCCCCCUGGACACUGCGUGUGAUUUACCCCCUGGUGGCUGCUCUGCUGGGAGCCUGCCUGGCUGUGGUCGGACUCUACGGCACAUUCUUCUCCAGAAAUGUAGUUCUCAUGUGGCUCAUAUCGGCCUUCUCUGCUUUCCUCACCUCUGCUCUGCUGCUGGAGCCUCUCAAGGUGUGUGUGCAGGCACUGAUCUACACCGUGCUGUGGAGGCCUGUGGAUCCAGAGGUGGAGGACCAGCUGGCCCAGGAGACCACUGUGGUGAGGGCAUUUGGAGAGCAUAGUGCAAAGGUGCGACCACCAUGUGGCUACGGACUGCUGCAGGCUAAAGAUGAGGCGCGCAAAGUCCGAGCUCUGCGAUCACUCAUGAGGCACUGUGUGUGUCAGCUGUUGUUUCUAUUGCUGGUGCUGAUGGUGAACUACCAGGAUAGUGUAGAAGAGAGGCAGGGCAGGCUGCUGCAAUCUGCUCUCAGGGGCCAUCUUCGCACAGCCCCCCUGGGAGCCCCUAACCUCACUUCACUCAGAGACUGGUCAGAUGCAGAGCAGUGGAUAAAUCACACUUUGGUGCCACAGCUGCACCAAAACCCGUCACUGCGUCUAGUGGGGCUGCCACAGCUGCAGUACACAGGCACGCUCGGCCACGCGGCAGACGUCCUCCUGGGAAACAGCAGUGAGAGGACGCGCCAGCUCCUUGCUGACCUGCACAUGAUGGACUGGGGCAAGAAGAUGUUUGAAACUCUUUCUAUUGAUUUCACACACUAUAACAAAGACUCUGGUUUAUUUGUGUGUGUGUCCAUUCAACUACAAUGGGCUCACACACAAAGAGUCACUUCCUUCCUCUCCAUCCAUCCACUCCUCAUCCCUUCGCCCUCCUCUGGAUUGGACUUUCGGGUGGCACUCACGGUUCUCCUUCUCAUCUCUGCUCUCCUCAUCUUGUUGUCUGAGCUGUGGUCCAUGGUCACUGAGCAUGCUCAGUAUCUGCACCACUGCAGACACUGGUUCCAGCUUUUCCUGGCCUUCUUGUUAUUGGCGACAGCUAUCCUGCAGUUCUGCUUCCUGUCUCGUGCCUCUUCAUGUGUUUCCGAGCACUGCUCCACACACAGCUUAAUCGUUGUUUUAAAUGUCUACCCGAUGCCACUGCUGUGUGCUCCAGCUGCUGGGAACCUUGAGGUUUGUGCGGAGGUGGCUGGUGAUAGGCAGAGUGCUGCAGAGAGCCUGGGGGGAGCUGUGGGCUGUGACUGUCCUACUGCUGCUGCUGCUCAUGCUCUGCACUCAUCUCGGAAACAUGUGGAAGGCUUCCAGUCUGUGCACGAGGCCGCUGUUUCAGUGCUGUCUGUCCUACGCGGCCGAAUAGCUCGCCAAAGGCUAUGCAAGGUUCACACAGUCCUGGGUCCCCUCCAUGGACUACUACUGAUGGGGGGAGGUCUCUGGCUAUUGGCUAGACUCUGUGGAGCUGUUCUCAUUCGUGCAUACAGGGCAGAGCAGGCUGAGCUGUACCAUCCAACCAUUGAACCUCAGGAUUAUGAGAUGGUGGAGUUUUUCAUCAAGAGACUCAAGCUGUGGAUGGGACUCAGCAAGACUAAAGAGUUCAGGCACAGUGUGAAGUUUGAAGGCAUGGACAUCCCUCCCUCCAGAUCCUCCCAGGAAUCCCGUCUGUCCACCCUGUCAUCGACUCUCCCCUCCUACCGCUCCCCUUCCCUGUCCUCCUCAUUCUCAUCACCCCGUCCCCUGUCCUCAGCCCUGUCUGUCAGAUCAGAGGACUCAUCAGUGUCCGAGCCCGGGUUUGACGUCUUGCCCUACCUGGACCGCCUGCUCCCCAGUGUCGGCGCUCUGCUGUCUCAUUUCGAUCGGGUCAAUCAGAUAACCGAGGAUGUUCACAACCUGGAAAUGAAGCUAGAGGAGGCUCAAACCAGGAGGAGGGAGAGGUGGAUCAGUAGCGACAAACAAAGUGCGGAAAGGUUUGAAGAAUCAACAACAAACCCAAAGAAACCAGAAGCAGGAAUGAAUACAGGAGAAAUUAGACACAGGAAGACAAGUCUUCUUUACCCAAAGCCACGAGUCUCCCUCCCAUCCUCCUUUUCUUUCAAUCUGUCCACUCUUCACUCCUCUGCUGCAUCAAUCUGCAUCUUUCCCCGCACAAGAGGCUCCUGUUUUGAGUCUGAUUCAGUCUUGCCUCAGGCGUCUAGCGAUAACCAUUCUUCUGACACAGCCAAAUCUGCAUCUGGAAUCUGUGGCUUGUAUCCUGCAGGUUCUCCUAGUUUUGGGGAGUUCCCCAGGAGAAGAGCUUGGCAUUCUGGGAGUUCUCAUUCAGCCGAUGCAGCUCAGAGGGCGUUCCAGCUCUCAGGAGGAGCUCCUCUAUGUGGAAAUGGAGGAGAACAUUUAACGUACAUGAACGAUAGACCCAGGAGCGAAGAGGGGGUAAAAAGGCGGAUCAGUGAUGGAGUCCCUGUGAAAAGGAAGGCUUGGAUCUCUGAAGGACCAGAGACUGAACAAGACUGACUCUGAGUUUACUCAGAAAAUGUAUUUAGUUUACUCACUUACUCAUCAGUUUAUUACCUUCACCAAGGAGGUUCUGUGUUCUGAGUUUCAAUCUAGUGUUUUCAUCUUCUGUUUGUUAGUUAUUUUGCAGGUUUACGCCGAAACUACUUCCAUGAAGUUUUGUUGUUGGAUUGGACACAACCAAAAGAAGAACCCAUUAAUCCUGAUUAACAGGCAGAUCCAGAGAUAUGUUUCCUUUCUUUAACAUGGUUUUAGCCUUGGAGGAGGAAUGCGGAGUCUUCUGGGAGGUCUCACAACUUUAAGAGAUGCAGCAUUAAAUCACUGUACCAAAAAUAUUGCAUAUUUAUUUAUACUUUAAAGAGACACUGUGGAUACUUAACUCUACAGACAAAUAAA